AUGGAGAGCAAAGACGAAACUCGGGACUACAUCGACUAUGAAGAAGUGGGAGCUCCGUCGAAUGUACGGCGCGCAAAACGGCCGAGCAAACUCACCCUCUCAGUGUCGAUUCUAUUUGCUUUGGCCGCUGUUGCCAAUCUGAGCGUCUGGAUUUGGGUCACACGCGGUCCUCGAAAUGCUCUGGAUGAAGAAUGGAAUCACUGCGGACGUUCAAGCGUAGAAGCUGUGAGACGCGGAUGUGUCAUGGAGCCUUUAUUCUACGGCUGGAUGCCCAAGCAGUGCGUAUACCAGAAGCUUAGCGAUCGCUAUCCCGUGUUUGAGGAUAGAAAAUGGUUCCUUGAACAAGAUAUGGUUAAUGAGGUUGACGCGGAAGCACUCUGGCGUGGCGACAAUAUCAAAGUCUACACGCAUCUUUACCACUCAGAACACUGUUUGUUCCAGUGGCGAAAGAUCAUGUUUGCCAUGGAGAAUCAGGAGCGCUACAUCGACAACAAAACAAUCAGCAUUCAUCACUCCAAGCACUGCGCAGACCAGAUUGUGGAGGGACACAUUGAAGGAGAUGAUGCAAUCAACGAAGUGGAGCUUGGCUUCUAUCGAUGUAGAAAUACUCUUUGGGCGAGCUAA